CCUAGUUUGAAAGUAUCUGGUUGGCUUCUUCUAAUACAAACAUCUAGUGGUGAUAUUUUUAUGGGAUUUUAAGUCUCGGUCUCAUGUUUACAGUUGUAUAAAAAAUGUGAAACCGUUGGGCGUUGGCAAAAGAUAUUGAAGUCGAUGUGACCUUUACAUGUGAAUACAUUAUCCAGUAGGUUUGGACGGUCGAUGACUCGAUGGCGUUUGGAGUCCAUCCUUCUUGACUCUUGCAAACCCCUUGGGGCCAUAUAUCUUGAACGGUUUCUUUGGUUUUAUUAGAGUUCUUAAAUUGAUUUAUGUCACGUGGGGUCGACGAGAAGUCACACCCGAAAAGGACCGACAUAUUUAGAACAAAAAGAUAAAAUUUAGUAAGUUGAAGUGAAGUUUAAAUUUCCAUUCAGCUAACUGAUAUUGUAUGUGAGCUGGCGGCAGCGAGGAGAUAUGGAUACCUUUAGUUACAAGUUACAACAGUACAUUAAGUUAUCUUUAAGCUGUUAAGUAACCUAUCCCAAAGCAGGUUCUUCAAAGGUACAACGUACAUGAAUCAUUUUUUGGUAGCUUAAAAUCUUUCCAAAAAUCAUUUCACACGUUCCCCAAAUAGUUGUGACCAUUUUUAAUCUAUUCAUUGUGCUUCACGAACUACUAAGUGUUAUUAAAUCAUAUUUUUUCUCUACUUAUAGAAGGAUGAGUGUAAUUCAAAGUCAUAGAUAUAACCAGCUAUGAGUGUAAUCUCUGUUCUCACCGAGAAAGCAAAUGAUAAACUGAAAAUUCUAGAGGAUUUGACAUCAAAUGUAAAGCAGAUUCAAGACAAUGUAUUGGAGGAGAUACUCACACUCAACACAAACACAGAGUAUCUCCAACGCUUCUUCCAUGGGAAAUUUGAUAAAGAGAUUUUCAAGAAGAAUGUACCUGUGGGGACUUAUGAAGAUGUUAAGCCAUAUAUCCAACGUGUAGCGAAUGGAGAGCCUUCCAAUGUCAUAUCAACCCGGCCUAUUACCGGUUUCUUACUAAGUUCGGGAACGUCAGGAGGAGCUCAAAAGAUUAUGCCAUGGAACGAAAAGUUCUUGGACUACUUGACGUUCAUGUAUGAUCUUCGGAUGCACGUUAUAACCAAUUAUGUGAAAGGCCUAGAGAAGGGAAAGGCGAUGAUGUUUUACUUCACCAAACUCGAAUCUACCACCGCCUCGGGCUUGCCUGCUCGAACCGCAAGCAGUAGCUAUUUAAAAAGCAGCUACUUCAAGAACCGUCCAUGUAACUGGUAUUACACUUACACUAGCCCCGAUGAAGUCAUACUAUGUCCAGACAACAAACAGAGUCUCUACUGCCAUUUACUUUGUGGCCUGGUUCAAAGAAAUGAGGUUACGAGAAUGGGUUCUAUCUUUGCUUCAGUCAUGGUCCGAGCAAUCAAGUUUCUUGAAGAUUCAUGGGAGGAGUUGUGUUCAAACAUCCGAUCAGGUCAGCUCAGCGAGUGGAUCACAGAUCCCGGUUGUCGUGACUCCGUGUCUAUGGUUCUUGGUGGGCCUCACCCUGAAGUGGCCAACACGGUUGAAAAAAUAUGCAACGAGAAGUGUUGGAAAGGUAUACUCAAAAGACUCUGGCCAAGAACAAAAUAUAUUGAAACUAUUGUUACAGGUUCAAUGGCGCAGUAUGUUCCCACAUUGAACUAUUACUGUAAUGAUAUGUUGCCUCUCGUUUCAACAAUCUAUGCUUCUUCGGAGACAACGUUUGGGUUAAAUCUCAACCCAUUGUGCAAGCCUGAGGAUGUUUCUUACACGAUCAUGCCCAAUGUCUCCUACUUCGAGUUUAUACCACUGGAUGGAGACGAGAACGAUGUUGUUGACCUUGCAGAUUUGAAACUUGGAUGCUCUUAUGAACUUGUGGUCACAAAUUUUUCAGGUUUGUAUAGAAUAAGAGUUGGAGAUAUUCUACUGGUGACUGGUUUCUACAACAAAGCACCUCAGCUUAGGUUUAUAAGAAGAGACAACGUGGUUUUAAGCAUUGAUAUGGACAAGACUAACGAAGAAGAUUUGUUUAACGCGGUGAAUCGAGCAAAACUCAUUAUUAACUCAUCAGGUCUCAUGCUCACAGACUUUACCAGCCAUGGAGAUAUCUCCACCAUUCCAGGUCACUACGUGAUUUACUGGGAAGUAGAAGAUAAAAGAGAAGACAAGACAAAGCACAUAUGCAUGGAACUCAAGGGAGAUGCAUUCUCGGAAUGUUGUUUAGUAAUGGAAGAUUCAUUUGACAAUGUUUACAAGAGAUGCCGGUUUAGGGAAAAAACUGUAGGACCAUUGGAGAUAAAGGUGGUUCUUCAUGGGACAUUUGAUUCUCUCAUGGAUUUCUUCAUCUCGCAAGGUGCUUCCAUUGGUCAAUACAAGACUCCGAGGUGCAUUGGAUCUGGAAAACCUUUAGAGUUAUUAGAAAAAAAUGUGGUAGCCACAUUCUUUAGUACAGGAGAUUGUUCUUUCAAGAACUAGAUAACGUUUCUUAUGCCCAAAAAACUAGAUAAUGUUUCCUAUACGUUUGAUGGGCAUUAGUAGAAUAAAUUUGCAUGUGCGUAUGCUAGCUGCGUAUUAGAUCGAUUUCUUAAUACGUUAAAUGAUUGGUUUACGAA